AUGUUAACAAGCACCCUUUACCUCGGCCAUAGGGGCGGCGAAGAAAGCCUUAGAAGCCCGUCUCCAGCCACACUGCUGCGACGACUGGGCGAGCUGGAGCAGAUGCUCCAACAUCAGAAGGAGCUUGUCUCCAAGCUGUCCACGUCCACCACUCCUCAACUACCGAUGACGACCGACGACGACGAGGACGCCUCGGCGGGCCUAAGCCUGGCAUCUCCCGAGGGACACCCGCCACGACGGUUGUCGACACCACCACGGCGGGCAUCUGUGCCACCACCCGCAUUCGUGGUCGGUGGCUUCACGCCCUUUACGCACUUGACGCCCCUCACGCACCACCGCAGCGACAGUUCGUACGCGGGGGACCUUUCAGAACCGUCUCACGAGCCACUCCCCCGCAACAGCAGGCCGCCGACUGAUCGGGACGGCGAUGAAGAAGUGCCUCUGACCAUCCCCGUGGGCCACAACACAGCGACGGCCAGUCUGUUCUCUAACCGACUCGUCCGGAGCCUGGUCGGCGACUACCCGGAGGACCUGUUCUUCCAGAUCGAACAGUCGCAGCCGCUGUCGGUGUCGCCAGCGGCGUCGCACUACGCACCACUGCCAGAGGUGCUGGCGUCGUUGAACCUGGAAAGGUCCCACACCAACGCGCUUGUGGCCGGCUUCUUCGCGCGUGUCCACGGCUACCAUCCGCUCCUCGACCGGCCGACCUUUAUGGCCCGGCAGUACGAGCGCCUGCAGGCCACGGGGCCCCAACCGGACGCGGACACGGCCUUGUGCCUGGUCGUGUUCGCGCUGGGACGCUUGACCUCGACCCCGACCCCGGGAGAUGCUGCCGGUCGUGAUGAGGAGAGCGAGAACUACUUCGCCGCUGCGUACACGCUGCUCCUGCUCCGCUGGCCCGAGUCGUUCGGGUCGGACACGUCCCUGGUCCUCGGCCUGGUAUACGCCGCGCUCUAUCUCUGCUACAUGGUGAGGCCGUUGCACGCGUCGAGGCUCAUCCACAUGGCCUCGUAUAGUCUUCAGUUGAUGACCAACCAAUUGUACAUCAGCUCGGUGCCUCAAGAUAGCAAGGAUCAUAUCUGUCGACUAUGCUGGGUGUGUUUCGUGCUGGAAUGUGAUAGCCUGGCCGAGUUCCAUCUACCACGCAGCGGGAUUGAAGUCCUCAUCGACAAGCUGCCCUUCCCUCGGUUCGACAACCAGAACGAUCCCGACGCCCUCGCGAGCCUGGCCGCCUGCUCCAUCCGCCGACUCCUGAACCGGAUUCACAGCACCAUCUAUUCUAACAGCAACGGCAAUGGCAAUGGCAACGGCCUUCCAACCUCGACAACACCAUAUGCCGUCGCCGGCCCGACUUUGAGUUCUUCAUUCGCCAGCGACACGGCAUCGACCAUGGACGGCUGUGGCGGGCCGACCAUCACCUCACUCUGGGCCAUCUGCAUGGAACUCAUGCGUCAGCUCGACACCUGGUACCAGUCGCUGCCUGACCUGAUCCGACCGGACCUGUCGCUGACGUCUUCGCCGCCGCGCGACGUGCGCAGCGCCUGGCUGUGUCUUCGGUACUGGUCGACCAAGCACAUCAUCUACCGGCCCUUUGUCCUCUUCGUGGUCAACCUGGAGGGCGGCGCCGACACGCUGCCACUGCCACUGCCGCCUCAUAUCCUCAGCAGCUGCUACCUCUGCGUCGAGAGCUGCCGCAACUACAUCGCCAUCGCCUCCCAUGUCCUCGUCCAGCGCACCCCCUACACCUGGAUGAUCUUGCAUUCCGUGUUGGCCUGCACUUUCGUCCUGGCCAUGACCUCACGCAGCCCGCUGCUAAAAUCGGGAGUUCCAGACAUAAGCCGGCUGUUGACCUCCAUCAUCCAAGCCACCCAGACCUGGGCCACUCCCGACUCCAGCGCCGAAUCCAUCAUCUGGAUGCUCCAGACCAUCCAGCAAAAGGGGCGAUUCAGGACGAGUCCGGGGCCUGGAUAG